AGGGGGAGCUUUUUCCUCGUCCCUCCGCGGCGCGCUUUCCUCCGCUCGCUCCUCCACCGGGAAGCAUGGGCAGCGCCGACGGCUUCCAGUACCGCGCCUUGUACCCGUACCGCAAGGAGCGGGAGGCCGACAUCGACCUGCUCCCCGGGGACACCCUGGUGGUCAGCAAGGGGGCGCUGCAGGCGCUGGGGUUCAAGGAGGGCGACGAGCAGACCCCCCACCAGAUCGGCUGGAUCCUGGGGGUCAACGAGAGGACCAAACAGAAGGGCGACUUCCCGGGGACCUACGUGGAGUACGUGGGGCCGGUCAAGAUCACCCUGCCGCCACACCGCCCCCGGGGGAUCAGGCCCCUGCCGGCCGCCCCGGCGUCGCACGUCCUAGAGGAACCAGGGUUGGCGCUCCCCGAACUCUCUGAGCAGUUUGCUCCCCCAGAGGUCGCGCCACCCCUGCUGUGCAGGCUGGUGGACGCCAUUGAGAAGAAAGGGCUGGACAGCAAAGCUCUCUACCGGACGUCCUGCGCGGAACUGAGGCUGGGAGCUGACUGGGCUGCGUCCGGCGACUUGGACGCCUUCGACAUCCCAUCUCUCGGAGAAGCUCUGAAAGGGUACCUGCAAGACCUGCCCACUCCGGUGGUCCCGCCCGGCCUCGGGUGCGAAAUCCUGCGCUUCCUCCAGGACGCCCCCCAGCCGGACUCUGGCCGGCAGCACCUCCUGUCUCUCCUGGCGCCGCCGGCCAUGCCCCUGGCUCACCUGCUGACGCUGCAGUUCCUCCUGCGCCACUGGGCCAAGGUGGCGGAGCAAGCCGAGAGCAACGGGUUGGGGCCCCGGGCCCUGGGGGAGGUCUUCGGGGGCCUGGUCCUGCGGGGGGCGCCGGCCGCCAGCGCCGAGGGGACCCCGGAUUUCUCCGCCCUUUUCCUGGAGCUGCUCCUGGAGGCGAAAGACCCCGAAGCCGAGCUGCCCCCGCCGGCUCUGCCCCCCAAGCCCCCCAAAGCGAAGCCGGCGUCCGCAGCCCCCCUGGCCAACGGGAACGGCACGACCCUCCAGGACGCCGAGUGGUAUUGGGGCGACAUUUCCAGGGAGGAAGUGAACGAGAAGCUCAGGGACACCCCCGACGGGACAUUCCUGGUCCGAGACGCAUCCAGCAAAAUCCAGGGCGAAUACACGCUGACGCUCAGGAAAGGCGGGAACAACAAGCUCAUCAAGAUCUUCCACCGGGAAGGGAAGUACGGGUUUUCGGAGCCCCUGACCUUCGGCUCGGUGGUGGAGCUCAUCAACCACUACCGACACGAGUCCCUGGCCCAGUACAACGCCAAACUCGACACCCGGCUCCUCUACCCUAUCUCCAAGUACCAGCAGGACCAAGUGGUGAAGGAAGACAGCGUGGAGGCCGUCGGGGAGCAGCUGAAAGUCUACCACCAGCAGUACCAAGACAAGAGCCGGGAGUAUGACCUGCUCUACGAGGAAUACACCCGCACCUCCCAGGAGCUUCAGAUGAAGAGGACCGCGAUUGAGGCCUUCAAUGAGACCAUCAAGAUCUUCGAGGAGCAGUGCCAGACGCAGGAGAAAUGCAGCCGCGAUUACAUAGAGCGCUUCCGGAGGGAGGGGAACGACAAGGAGAUCCAGCGCAUCCUGAUGAACUCGGAGAAGCUGAAGUCUCGCGUGGCCGAGAUCCACGACAGCAAGAUGCAGCUGGAGGAGGACCUGAAGCAGCAGGCGUCCGAGAACCGGGAGAUAGACAAGCGCAUGAACAGCCUCAAGCCGGACCUCCUGCAGCUGCGGAAACUGCGCGACCAAUACUUGGUGUGGCUGACCCAAAAGGGAACCCGGCAGAAGCAGAUCAACGAGUGGCUGGGGAUCAAGAACGAGACGGAGGACCACUACUCCAUGAUGGAGGACGAGGAGGAGCUCCCUCACCACGAGGAGCGGACGUGGUACGUGGGCAAGAUCAACCGCACGCAGGCCGAGGAGAUGCUGGCGGGCAAGAGAGACGGCACCUUCCUCAUCCGGGAGAGCAGCCAGAGAGGGUGCUACGCCUGCUCCGUCGUGGUCGACGGCGACACCAAGCACUGCGUCAUCUACAAGACAGCCACGGGGUUCGGCUUUGCGGAGCCCUACAACCUGUACGCCUCGCUCAAGGAGCUGGUCCUGCACUACAAGCACACCUCCCUGGUGCAACACAACGACUCGCUCAACGUCACCCUGGCCUACCCCAUCUUCCCGCUGCCCCCCAGAUGAAGACCGCGGCCGGGGGGGCCCUCUCUCUC